GGCUCGCGCCCGUCCGGGCGGCUGCCCGUGGGUGAAGACGGUGCUCCGACAUUGUAAGGGCGGCGGGCGCAGCCAUGCCUCGGUAUUACGAGGACAAAGCGGAGGGCGGCGCGUGCGCGGGCGUGAAGGAGGACCUGGGCGCGUGUCUGCUGCAGUCGGCCUGUGUGCUCCAGGAAGGGAAGUCUCCACGGCAGUGUUUGAAGGAAGGGCACUGCAGAGCCCUGCAGUAUUCGUUUUUUGAGUGUAAAAGAUCAAUGUUGGAUACCAGGUCAAGAUUCAGAGGACGAAAAGGAUAUUGAUAACAUUAUGGUAAAAGCAAGAAAAUUACCCUGGAUUUUCUCUGCUCCUUAACGGAAAAGAGCCAAAAGGAAGCACAGUAUCUGCUGCAUCUGCUUGACAUCUGGACCAGGUUCUCCCUCCAGAGAGCACUAGAGAAAAUGGAUAAAUGCUGCUUCUGAACGAUUCUGUCUUGUGAAGUCACUUAUAGAAGAUACAUUUAAUUGAACAAUUUGGACUAAGAAUUUAAUGUGUUUUGGGAAUUGCCUAAUGGAAAGAUUAUGUUCAAGGAUGACGUCAAUCAGAUUACACGGUGUGUGCAUCCAGGAGGCCAUAAGACACAAUUAGUGACAUAGAA